AUGGCGUCCCCCGGACGCCCUGGCGCUGUUCUGGUCCCUCGGUGCCCUGUCAUUUUCAAUGGCACCAAUUGGGGCGAUUUUGUUUUCCAUAUGGAGGUCCACAUGGAUGGGCAGCUGCUGUGGGGCUACCUCACGGGUGAGCGGAUCUGUCCUCCCCGUCCUCUUCUUCCCAUGCCGCCCACAUACCCGCCAGAUGCUGAUGAUGAUGCCAAGAAUGCUUUACUUGAGGCAUUUGAGGCUGAGAUGGAGAGCUACCAGUCUGAUCUCGGUGUCUAUGAGACUUGGUUGCGCGAGGAAAAAUCUGCUAAGGCUAUCUUACUUGCGAGCAUGGAGGUCGAUCUCUCGUUAUCCCUUAGAGGAAAUGGUUUUGCUGUUAAAAGUGAUCCCAUCAAGGCACCACCACCUUCCAUUGAAGUCCCUGAAUUAUCAUUUGAAGAACUGAAAGAAAAGACCGACAAUUUUGGGUCAAAGGCUUUGAUUGGUGAGGGAUCAUAUGGAAGAGUGUAUUACGCUAUUCUGGACAGUGAAAAACAUGUUGCUGUUAAAAAGCUUGACGCUUCAACAGACCCUGAACUUGAUAAUGAGUUUUUGACACAGGUAUCCAUUGCCUCAAAACUAAAACAUGAUAAUUUUGUGGAGAUGCUUGGAUAUUGUGUGGAAGGAAAUCAGCGUCUUGUAGCCUAUGAAUUUGCUACGAUGGGUUCUCUGCAUGAUAUCUUGCAUGGAAGAAAGGGUGUUCCAGGUGCACAGCCUGGCCCAGCACUUGAUUGGAUGCAGCGGGUUAGGAUUGCUAUUGAUGCUGCUAAAGGGCUAGAGUAUCUUCAUGAAAAGGUGCAGCCUUCAAUAGUCCACCGGGACAUACGGUCUAGCAAUGUUCUUCUGUUCGAGGACUACAAAGCGAAAAUUGCAGAUUUCAAUCUUUCGAAUCAGUCUCCAGAUAUGGCUGCUCGUUUGCAUUCUACUCGUGUCCUUGGAACCUUUGGCUACCAUGCUCCCGAGUAUGCCAUGACUGGCCAGCUAACUCAGAAAAGUGAUGUAUAUAGCUUCGGAGUUGUUCUUUUAGAGCUUCUAACAGGAAGGAAACCAGUAGAUCAUACAAUGCCUAGAGGUCAGCAGAGUCUGGUUACAUGGGCAACACCUCGAUUGACUGAGGACACAGUGAAACAAUGUGUUGAUCCAAGAUUAAAGGGAGAGUAUCCUCCAAAGGGAGUUGCUAAGCUUGCGGCUGUGGCGGCACUCUGUGUGCAAUAUGAAUCUGAAUUUAGACCCAGCAUGAGCAUCGUAGUUAAGGCACUCUCUCCCCUUCUUCAACAUAAACCGCAACCACCAACAGCACCUUCAGAUGCCUGA